AUGGGAACAGUCGGUACCGCAGUCGGAUGCGCCGUGGGAAUUCCCAUUGGUAUUGGGAUUCUUGUUGCUGUCGCAUUUUGGUACAGGCUGCAACGCAGGUUUCAAAGAGAGUUGCAGGACGAUAAAGAGCUGGAACGUGCAGUUUACGACGAGAGCGGGUUCGUCGGUUUCGACACCGUCGAAGACCUGAAGGACUCGACUCUCACGUCGAGUGAUAACCUUGCGGAACCCCGUGAGGGGUCAACAAGGCACGGUAAGCCCAAAAACACGCUAUACAUUCCGGCGUACAGAAGGAAGAUCAACGAGGCGCAGCGAAAUAACUCCGUGCUCGCGGCCCCACCUUCUGCAAACGUCUCGCGAUUGUCAAUCCCUUCCGUUGUGGAUUUUCAGGGCCCCCCGAUGCAAGGGUACCACAACAACAGCUCUCGCCAGAUCAGCGUCUACGACCAAAUGGUCCCCUUUGUCGCGGCAGAUGGUCAAAAGCUUUUCGAUAUUGAUAGCACCAACGUGCCGGACAACUCAGACACACAACCACAGUCUGCCACGGGUCAAGGCGGGAUAAUCAAGAACUUUCAGAACCAGGAUUUGGGGUCAUACUAUCCAAUGCUCCACAACCCGCAACAACAGAAAUGGCUCGGGUCGUAUACGGUCUCGGAGCGCGGUUCCUCCUUGGGAUCGGUAUCGAAGAUGGAUAACAGCACAGCCGUUAGCAACAACGCGUCUGGAACCCCAAAGAAAUCGGCUCAGCACGCAAGCACUAACUACCAACCACCACCACACAGCCCUUCGGACCUUGGCACAGCAACGACAAUUGCUACGACGCCUCAGGGAACACUGCCGAUUGACAACACGGACUACAAACCUGUGGGGACAGCCACUGAUCAAUACGCAUUAAGAAACAACUACGACGUGGACAACACUGGAAUGAUAACAGAGGAGGACCAAUACGAGAACGAAUUCACAAACUACACAGUAAACAGAAGGCAGUUCCUUGACAGUUUAAGACCCAACUGA